GAUCGCAAGCGGGCCAAGUUCGUGGAGAUAAUUUCUGGCGACCCCGGUAUUAUGGUGUCCCGUCCGACCGCCGCCCUUUAAUGCCACGUGGGGGGAUCCAGGUCUGAAAAGGAUCGGCGGCGAGAUGGCCAGGGGGCGGAGGUACUGCGCGGACCGGCUCCUCGGGACGUACAGCUAUGGCGGCCAGGGUCACGCGACCGCCGCCGCCGAUCUCCCGGACCUCCGGGAGGAGGAUGUCUGGUCGGCGGUGGCCGACGACUACGUGGGGGACGCGGCCGGGAGGCGGCCUGGGCUGGACCGGUCGGACGAGGACCGAGCCGGCCGGCGGUGGCUCGCCCGGGAGGGCCGCCGCCACGUAGGGGGGCUAUCGCUGGCCUUCGAUGAGGGGUACGAGCCCCGGACGACGGUGGUGCACCAGUACAGGAACGUCGACGCAGCGGCGGCGCCACCGUAUGGGCGCCGCCGCCAGCACCAACACCACCACCCCCCGGUGGCGUCGGCGCCGGUGAAUGUGCCGGACUGGCCUCGGUUCCUCCGGGUGGACGGCGGCGAGUCGAUGCUCGGGGCGGGAGAAGGGGGGGCCGAUUGCGAUGACGGGGAGUGGGUCCCGCCGCACGAGUACCUGGCGAGGGAGCAGGGGAAGAUGGUGGCGGCGUCGGUGUUCGAGGGGGUGGGCCGGACACUCAAGGGCCGGGAUAUGAGCCGGGUCCGGGAGGCGGUCUGGAGCCAGACCGGCUUCUUCGGCUAAAUAGAAUUCUGAACCGGGAAUCCAAAUUCUUCGUUCCUCCUAAACUCUCUCUCGCCAAAAGGAAUUCUUCUUCAAUUUGUAUAGCUUUGGUUUGGCCUUGUGAGCUUUGAAAGCAAACCUUCUAGCCAUUGAGCUUUAAUGUAAAAUAAAAUUCUUAGUGGCAUAUUUUCCUUCUUCCAGUGUUCUUCCUUGGAAGAAACAAAGAAGAAAGCUCCCGGUUUUUUUGUAACUAAAUAAAAUUUUUAUUUUAAACCUGAGUUAGCCCUGUUCGGCAUUA